UCUCAACGUUCGCAUCCAACUAACUGAUCUCCAUCAAAAACAUCACAUCCCGUUUCGGCUGCUUAUCCUCAAAGCUCCGUUGCAAUCAUGUCUCUCGUCGACGACCACACUGAUCACACUGAGCACAACGAGCUCAAGAAGGUCGAUUCCGCCAUUGGUGGCUUGUCGAUAUCCCCCAAGGAUGAAAAAGCAUCCGACAAGGCUGAGAAGGCAGACAAGAAAGCUCACAGACGCACCUCGUCCCAGGCCGAAGGUGUGUACAACAUCAAGGAGCUUGAAGAGAAACGCAUUGAGAUUACUCUGCCCAUCGAAACACAGAAGACGGGAUGGAAGCUGAACACUUCACCGUCAACAAUCGAGGACAAGGACAUCCUCAAACUUCACCUAGUGAACCCGCCGGUGAAGAAGAUUGACCUUCAUUUCCCUCUAGGGUUGGAAGUAACAGCCCGCAAUCUCAAGGGCGUGACAAUCAAGGAUGCGCUGGACGCAAUCUACAAGCAGUUCAAGAAGAAGGCUGAUGACGAAUUGGACAAGCCCUACCUCGCUGGCUUCGAGUGGGACAAGGAAGAGUGCUGGACACGUCUCAUUGUUCACCAGACAAAGCAGGGCCCUCCUGCUCAGUCGUCAGGCAAGAAGUCCAAGAAGAAGGCCAAGGAAGAAGCGUAGAUUGGCGGUCUUGUGACCAAUCGUCAACAUUCGCACAUGCGGUACUGUCUCUCCUUACGGUCAUUCCGUGGACUCUUACGAGCUGACAAUGCUUCGUCUGUUGUCCUGCCUCUUCUUGAGCUUUCCAAUGGUUGCAGACUUUAGAAGCUUUGCGUCAAGAGUACAGGUGUUUCUCGUUGUAACCUGAUAUUUGUCGUUUUUAAUCUCAGCUCCGGCUACAGUCAUUAUGAUUUUCGGUCGUCCACAGGCUAUAUCUGGGACGCAAUGCAGACAGAGCCGACCUAAGGGCCAGGCAUCUUACACUCGUUUUAAUCCAAUUGUAAUGAAGAGAAUAAGAAUCUUUCCAAUAUAAAUUCCACGGAA